AUGCUACAAGGGCCUCGUUUAGUAGGAAGAUAUAUGAAUCCCCGUAAGAACUUUACAGAGAUCCGACAACUGGUAGUACGCUAUCAGACCGGAGUUUCAAUGGAUCUUGUGUUCGGAUAUAGUGGUAUGUGUCUAAUGACCGUGAUGAACUUGCGCCAUCCCAGGCGAAAUGCUAGAGCUUCACUAGCUUGCUACGACCUUCCCAGGCGAUUCUUCAUAUGUAAUCUCUUACUAAAGGUCUCCGAAUACGACCUGCAAAUGCUUCCACAUCUACGGCAAUUGUCAUGCCAACCCAAAGAUGUUAUGCCUAUUCUACAUCUUUAA